UUUGUUAUUGGGGUAAAUAUUUUAAAGUCGUUGUUUUGUGAAAUUUAGAAAUUUCGAUGGUAUAAAAGAUUAAGGCAAUUUAGAAAACACUAUCACAAGUUAUCUUCAACUCACUUAAGGCACUCAAAAUAAUUGUUAACAAUAUGAAGCUUUUCUUAUGCUUGGUGGUAUUGGUGUUUGUGGCAGUCAAUGCAGAAACUCCGGAAGCAGAGGCCUCCCAGGCUAAAGCAGUGAUUCUCGUACAAUCGGCGCCACAACUCUUGAAGCCAAAACCAUUGGCUCCAUACAAGCCACUACCUCUUAAAGUAGUGAAGCCCAAAGCAAUAAUUAUAUCAGGACCACCACAACCAUUGAGACCAAAGCCAACAUAUGCUCCAUACAAAAAAAUAGCAAUUAAGGUUGUUCCAGUUCCAACUCCCGCCCGCAAGCCCAAUAAGCCUCUUCAGCCAAUUAAUGCCCAAAAAGGUGCAUGGUUUGGUUAAAUGAAAUCCUUAAAUUAUGUUUUCAAUAAUUAUAUAUUAUGUUAUAUUAUAUUAAUAAUAAA